ACGGCAUUGAAUUUCAACACAAAAAAUUUAUUUCCGCAAAUUUUCCCUUUUAACUCUUCGGAAACGCAGUAAAUGCCCCCUCAAAAUCAUCUCGCGCCAAAGUUGGAGUUGUGAGACGUGUUAAUCGUGUGUUUCAGCGAUUAUUUGCGCGAAAAAAAGCCAAAAACUGCGACAUGAGUAAGGAUCCCGUGCCGUCAUGUUUGCUCUGUGCAACACAGGAGAACUAUUGUUUCAAUUCGCCAGCGGACGUUUUUGCGUUGCUCGAGGUGCGGAAACGCAAGAAACUCGUACGACGCUGGCUCUCGAACCUGAUAUUUCUGCAACGCGUAAAAUGGCGUCCGGAUAGCCCGAUUUUCAUCUGCGAAGUGCAUUACGCGAAAGACGACUUGGAUCGCGUCGUACGUGAGAACGGCAAAACGGAAGUAAAGUUGGCGAGCGAGCAAGCGUUGCCCUGUUAUCUCAAAUUGGAGGAUCGCGCGUUAAAUAAUCGCAUCAAGAGCUUCCUGUUUCUCGUCGAGGAGCACGAAAAGUGUCUAAAUAUGGGAAAUAAGUGGCUAGCGAAAGUUUUCAAGGACAAACGGUUCGCUUUGCUGCUCGGAAAUCUCGUCAAAAUCGAAAUUUCGGAAAAUUUGGAAGCAACAAUCACCGAAAAUGGCGAAAUUAUCGCCUUGGAAGACGCCAUAAAAGCUGGUUUUGUCGAAAACAAUCGUCGCAUCAUGUUUUGGUCACGUUUGCGUGGAAUGAUGAAGCACUACGAGGAAAAAUACGCAUCGCAACAAGUUGUUGUUGUCGUGCCUGAACAAAUUAUCACCAAACCUGGCAAAGUAGGGCGUCCCCGGAAGUUCCCCAAGGUCGAAAUCCCCAAAAUUGUCGAGAAAAAACCCCUCAAGGUCAUCGUUCCCGCUGUAAAUGCCCCGGAAGAGGAAGAAAUUUCAACCACAACUUCAGAUUCGGACUCCAGCAGUGUCGAAAACGCAACACCAACCUUCAAAAUAUUCAAAAGUAUCCCCCAAGAGGACUUGCCUGUGCCGAAAAUCGUUCAAGCCACAAUUUUACCGAAGAAUUUCGAGCGUCCCGUGAAACGAAGAAUAUCGGAGAACAUAACUUCCUUCACAAAAAUGUACAAAAUGGAAGCCACAGGUCCAAAGGAGCUCAAAACGACCCUUUCUGACCCCAAAGAUGACAUCGUAACAGACAUCCUGCCUCUUAUCCCGUCGAUGAUCCGCAAUUGUCUUCCCACAUGGCACGUAAUUAGUCGAAAUGACGCCGUUUGUACACUCAAAAUUGUGAUUGUGCACGCUCCGGAUGGCACAAAGAGACCUUAUAUCGUGAAAGCGGUAAAAGUCGAUCAAAAUCUCGUCGUUACCGGGUACUUGAAUGGCCAAAAAAUACAAAAUGACGACAUUAACCGGCACGAAAAGCAACUUUCGCAACAGGAACUCAUCGAAUUUAUGCAAAAUAUUGACGAUAUUCCCUUCGAAUUGCCGAAAAGUGUUGAAAUUCACGAAAAAAUCGUGAAAAAUGACCCGGAUCAACUGUCGUUCGGAGCUUUGGCGGAGAAUUUGAACGCUUUUUCGGGAAAUAAUUGGAAACCGACGUGCAUUGACAACGAAAUGAUCCUCAUUUACAAAAUCGAUUUCUCGGAUGUGCCUAAAUUCAAGCGAUACAUUACCAUAGAUCGCGAUUUGACCGUAACUAUCUUCAAUAAUGGUCAAAAUCGGCAGCCAGGAGAGCUGCUUGAAGGUUCCUUUCAAAUGUAUCCCUUGACAAUGCCGAAAAUCCAUCGAAUUCUGUCAACUUUGGAUGAAACGGUCUUCGAUAAGAUUCUGCGACCCUCGAAAUAUCGCGAAAAAUCGUUCGAGGAGAACAUUCGCACCGAAGAGGAUCAUCGUGUGAUGGAAGGAACCGUGAAAAGACACAAAUGUACGCUUUGUGUGUACGAAAGUGACACUUUGAACUACGUCAAGCAACAUUACGAGAUCAAACAUACGCCGCCAGAUCGCAAAUGUCCCGAAUGCGAUAAGGAAAUGAACGCGACGCAGCUCAAAAUUCACGCGAGAUUCCACAUUAAGAAGGUCAAAUGCUCCAUCUGCAACAAGGGCUUCGCCGACAGUCGUGACCUCAAGAAACACAUCAAUGUGCACAACAAGCCCACCGAUCGCUUCCGUUUCCGCCAAAAUGCCCUCAAGCCACACAAUCAACAGCAUUCCGACUCCGAUGACAGUCUCUUGAAGCACGAGCCGUGCAUGAAACUCGAAGACACCGAUUCCGGACGACACUCGAUGAGCGAUGAGGAUAUUUUAAAGGCACCAAUUCGCAUGGAUUCCGAUGACGAGGGCGUUUUAAUCAUCAAUGAGGCUUAAAAAAUGAUUUUUUUUUUCGUUGCCAGAAAAAUUAGUUGUUAACUACUGAAAAAUAUUACAUUUAAUAAAAGUUAUGUUUAAGUUUUUUA